AUGCAAAUAAAAGAGGUUGCUCCAGAACCAAUAUUACCUGAAUCGGUAGAAUUAACACCCGAAUCAUCAUCGCCGUUUUUCCCAGAAAGUAAGAAUGUAUUUUCCAAUCGAAAUCUUAUCAAGGCGUUAAAGGGAUUUCAAAAAUACUCAGUAUGGCCUAUGUUGCUCUACUUCCCUGUACAUUCCAUAAAUACAUUUGGAAUACCUUUAAUUCAGCCAAAUAAGCUUCCUGGCAGAGUUCUUACAAUUAUUCGAGAGAAGAGUCCACUAUUCUUGUCGAGAAUCCUUAUUGGAUCACUCGUUAUUCAUAUUGCCAGUGGAGUUCUCUUACGCGUCUCUCAUUGGCUUUACCAUUUUCAAAGAAGAAUGGGAGAAGGUGAAGAAAGUGAGGCAGACCACCACCUUAAUCACGAUGCUAGUCAGUUGUUAGUUUCUGAAGACAUCUCACAAGGAUCAAUUGGACUGACGGGAGGCAUUGUAGGUUACUUUUUAGGCUGGAGAAAAAAAUUCAAGCAUUCACCUUUAAUUGUGUCAGGAUAUCUGUUGACUCCAUUUUUAUUGUACCAUGUGAUUAUUAUGAGAUGGGGGCUCGUUAACCCUGAAAGUAAAGGAUUUACAUUUGUGGAUUGGCUACUGACGAAUUCUGACUGGUGGAUUAGAGUUGUAGGUGGGAUUAUCCCAUUAUCUGUAUUGAUUGUGUCAGGGACAUACCACAUCGGUGCCGGGAUAUGCAAAUAUUUAAAGAUUAAAGAUGUGAAUAAAAGGAAAAAAUGGGCUGGUGGUAUCACGCUAUUGAGUAUUACAGGAUUGAUAUCUAUUUUCAGAUUGUCAAUGAUUGAGCACAGCGGUAUCCCAUUAAAAUUAGAGGAACAUUUUACAAAGAUCUUUAAGAUUUUAAAUUUAAAAUAA